GUUACUUUGAUAGGUGUUCCCAUGCACCUUGACUCUGUAGACCAAGUGUGGAAGUGUCUUAUGCACUUUCAGUCAAGUGUGAUACGCAGCUGUUUAGGUAUUUUCAUUCUACUUCAUGUGCUGUUUCCAUGUCAGCUCCUCGUCUAUACUGAAACGCAGAAAUUUGACCUCUGCUACUCGAUCUAACCUCUUUUAGUUAAUUGUCAUGUUACCGUCCACAUUUUGAUUUGAAGAGACACUACACUGUUGAUACAGUUUGUGUCAUCAGCAAACAGCACAGUUAUUCAUUUGUUCAGACACCUCACAGAUAUCAUUCAUAUAUAGUAUGAACAAUAUUUGUCCCAGAACUGAGCCUUGAGACACUCCCCAUUUUGUCUCUCUCUUUCUUGGUUCAGUACUAUCUACUUCCACUUCUACUGCCUUUUCAUCCUGCCUUAUGCUAAAUUGUGAUGUUGCAGUGUGAACUCAAGAGUGAGCCACACGUGUAUAUCUUGUUUUUGUGUAAUUUUGGUUUUGCUUUCUGCAGUUAAUGACAUUUUAGAUAUCAUGUUCUAACCUUUAUUAUGGCUGUUCUGGUGUUGGGGUUGUUGACAUUUAGUUGAGCUUCCAACUGUUUACUUCUGCUUUCUUUAAUUCACUUUUAGCUUGUGAUUGACUAAAUGUUCAUUCAAUUACGUUCAUUGAAUUAUGCCAUGUUUGACAAUUCAAUAGCUUUCAGUGUUGAUGAUUCAUUCAUAAUACUGAACAUAAUUUUGUCUUGAAGUUGUUCACUGUUAGAAUGAGAGGGUAAGAUCCAAGUGUCAUUUUGAAGACUUUUUAAUUAAAUUAAUUCAUUCUUGGAUCAUCUUAUGUUAUUCUACAUGUAAUUACUUAAACUGCAGUUCAGUAGGAAGCAUAGACAGAUACUGUGAUGCCAAGCUGGAAAAUUACAGUAGAGAGUACACUAUGAAAACAAGGCAAGAGCGAAAUGUGUAAUAAAAACAAAGAGGUACAGAGAAGUGAGUGUGAGCAAAAACACAUAUUUGAAAAAGAGUCAGUCAUCAAAAUGUCUUCCACGUGUGUGUAGAUCCCCACUUACUGCUGCAGUCAAGGGGGAACAAGUGGGUCCUCAGCAAGCACACAGGUGUGACUGACACUGAGUUGGACAGCUGACUGACAGCUGGGGGCAUCACUCUCACUUUUUCCUUUCUUGGGAUCCAGGUGGCUCCUGUUUUAUUUAUUUAUUUAUUUUUAUUUUAUCCCACCAUCUACAGAUAAAAGUGGGAAGUGUAUUUGACACUUUAUUCCUACCACCGAAGCCAGUCCAGGCCCCUGUCACUAGCCUUGUGGGACAUUACACUCCUUCACUGAUGUAUAACAAAACUGUCCAACAUAGGGACCUGGUCUCAUCACAGAAAACAUGAUGUGUAACAUGAUGUGUAACAACACUGUCCAACAGAGGGAUCUGGUCUCAUCACAGAAAAGCUGGAAAACUGAGCUACUACUCAAUAUCAGCUCUUGGGUCAAAAUCACUGUGACAACCUUUAUUUUACUUGUGAGCUAAUGACACGGUCUGUAUUGUAUAAUUUCCAUCACUGUUAUCCUUAUCUGCUUAAAUGCCUCAAAGGGCUGACAGUGUUCGCACCGACAGAGGAUCUUAACGCAUAAACCAAUGUUGCUCAUUGUGCGCAAGUACCCCUGCCUGUCCAGUAGAUGGAGCUGUGUGAUUUAUUGGGGGACAGGGCUUUGUUAUGAUAGCAAAUGCUUUCCGGUCAGCAUUUUCUGACUUUUUGUGCCUACAUGUAGGUUAACACCAGAGGAGACACUGGAGUUGAAAUAGCAACAAGGGGACGCUUGAACAAAUAUACAGUGAUGGUCUUCAGUAGAACAAGAGGGUGCGGCUUAAGCGGUUUCCACCCAUCCUAACCCGUCCCACCGCUCUGUGUAGAAAAAAGUGAGGAGCCCUGCAUGUACCAUGAAGAACUGCAGAGUGGUGUCUCUUGCCAUGACUUUAUUGGGGUUUCUAAGUCCAUGUCUGACCUGGCUGACUCCCAGGGUCUCCUUUCCACUCGGUAGCCCAGGAAGACACACAGUCCACUUCACCAGUCCAGAUGUCACAAACACCACAACACUGCUGCUCAGUGAGCAAGAAGAUGUCCUUUAUGUGGGCUGUAGAGAUGCAGUGCUGGCUCUGUUUGUUGGUCAUAAAGAAGCCAUGAGCUUGCAAAAUAAGCUGGACUGGAGCCCUUCAGAAAAAGACAUCGAGCAGUGUUCCAUGAAAGGCAAAAAAAUGGCAGACUGUCGAAAUUUCAUUCGUGUUUUGCAGUUUCUGAACAGAACUCACAUCUAUGCCUGUGGGACAUUUGCCUUCAGUCCUCGCUGCACAUAUAUAAAUUCUGAGACAUUUGUGAUGAGUAACAGAAUGGAUGAAGGAAGAGGUCGUUGUCCGUAUGACCCCUACCAGCGCAACACUGCUCUCAUAGUAGAUGGAGAGCUGUAUACUGGAACUGUGGCUGACUACAGAGGCAACCGGCCUGUCAUUUCGAGACACCUUAGUCAAGGCGCCAAAGUGGAUCUAAAACUGGAGGACACAUUAGGAUGGUUGGAGGAUCCUACUUUUAUCAGCUCAAGCUACAUCGAAGACGAAGGGAAGCUCUACUUUUUUUUCAGCGAAGUAGGCAGAGAGUAUGACUUCAUCGAUAAAUUCAUUGUCUCUCGGGUUUCCCAGAUCUGCACGAGUGAUGUUGGGGGUCAACGGACACUGCAGCGACGCUGGACCACGUUUGCAAAAGCGCAGCUGCUGUGUCAAGCAGACGGUGAGCUUCCCUACAACGUGAUCCAAGACAUGGAUAUCCUGCCCCCCCCGCAUGGCACCCCUGCUGAGGAUACUCUCUUCUACGGCAUCUUUUCUUCGCAGUGGUCAGUGAACUCUGGGCGUUCUGCAGUGUGUUCUUUCCGUCUGUCAGAUAUCAAAUCUGUCUUCUCUGGAAACUACAAGGUCCUCAACAGAGACACCUUACAGUGGAGCACUCGCGUCCAAGAAAAGGUGGCCAAUCCAGGAGAGUGUGGUCUACAUAACGCAACCGACAAUGCCCUGCGCUUCAUCAAAGAAAACUUCUUAGCAGAUGACAGCGUUCGUCCCGUCGGUAGAAGCCUUGCCCUUGUGUCAGCCGAGCACAGCUAUAGCCAUCUUUCGGUCCAGAGAGUGCUUGCUGCCAACAGCAAGUAUUACACAGUACUGUAUUUACUGACUGAGACUGGAUACCUUCACAAAGUGGUACUGGUGCAGGGGGGGCCCUUUAUCGUUGAGGAAGUUCAGGUUUUUGAGCAGCCUCACACCGUUCUAGGCAUGCAACUUUCUGAAGCAAAAGGCGUCAUAUAUGUUGGUACAUCACAGGGCGUGGUCCGGCUUCCGAUGGCCAACUGCUCUUUCUACUGGACGUGUGCUCAGUGCGUGUUGUCCCGCGAUCCAUUCUGUGGCUGGGAUCCCAGCAGUCGGACCUGCGUGGAGAUAAGCAGCAGCAAAACAGCUCUUUUCCAGGACAUUGAAAGAGGGAAUGUUGAUGAAUCAUGCAGCAGUGUUCCAUUAAACCCUCGGGCCAGAUUCAACCCGAAUAACUUGCCUGCAGGGGAGCUGGUGCUGGUGUCUCUGAAUGCCAUGGUGAGGCUCCAGUGUCCGAAGGCAUCCCAGCUGUCACAACAGCUGUGGGAGCGCCCCAACAGCCGACUGUCCUCAGACUUGUUUCUGCAGUUGGAGGAUGGUAGUUUAAGUUUUGUGGCAACACCUGCAACCUUGGGCCACUAUCUCUGCCUAUCCGUGGAAAAUGGCUAUCAACAAACAAUGGCCAUUUAUCAAGUGAAGCAAAAGAGCAGCUUGUUGCCUAAUUUCCAGACAGGCCGGAGUGCGUCUACUCAAACAAGCACCCCAACCGCUGCAGUAUCUCAAAGGACAGAAAGGACUGGAACAGUGGUUGAGACAACGUCAUCAAGCCACAGCACACAUGCCUCCAUUAGUGUGAACACUCAAGAAGACAGAAACUCCUCCGGGUGGUGGGAGGUUUCUCAGGAGGACUUCAGAGACCGUGAGCUCUUGCAGUCUAGACGAAGCCCAUGCUACUUGAAGGAGCUAGUGGUGGUUUCUGUUCUACUAGUAUUCUGCCUCAGUUUGCUGAUAACAAUCUUUCUGUAUGUCGUCAGACAGCGAUGCCGCAGCCGCACUAUGCCUCAGGCGUCAGGGAACCCAGAGUCCAACAGAGCGAGCCCUGUGGACCAGGAGAGAAUAAAUGGGAACUGGGUCCUUAGCAAUGGACAGGGUCUGCACAAUGGAAAGCCCUCAGGUUUUGAAGAGGCACAUGCUGGUUCAAAUGGACAUUUACCCAACACCCCAAUGUGAGGAGUAGCGGACCAUGCCACUGUCCACUUAGCGCUGAGGAUUGGUCUGCACAGUCUACACACCAGUUAAGGAAAUACUGUGAAGCCUGUGUAGCUGACCAGAAGUGUAGGCCCUGAACCGUACUUUUACUUCCUACCUAUUCUACAUAGGUUUGGUUCAAGGGCACAAAGUUCUCGAUCAAGUGGCACUCUAUCUGUAAUGAUUGUGUCGGAGAUGGUCCUAUCAUAAAAUUCCAAGAUAGCGUGAUGAUCAGCCGAGUCAGUUUAAGGUACACUUGAAGUUCAUGAGCAGUUAUUAUCAGUGAAAACUGGACCUACCGGUAAACCUUUUGUGGAGUACGUAUAGUGGUAUCUGAUGGCAUAUUUGUGAUCAGAUACCUGAGUGAUUCAUCUUUUUUGCUGUUAACCUCCCACCCCCGCCACCCUGUCACGGUGAGAAGCUAUAUACACACUUCGAGUGGUGUUAUGAAGUAAUAGUAACGCUGGCUUUUGCUGAUAUUUGGAGGAGUUAUAUUUAUAAAUGUUAAUUUAUGCUGAUGGUCCGCACUGCCAUACAAAGUGAAGCCUCGUUAGAUCAGUGGCAUGCAACUGGCUGCAAACAUUUGUGACUGUGGUAAAAGAAGAGGUACUUGGUAGUAGUUUGUCAGUCGUACUGAAUGAUCCCGUGUAAGCCACAAUGUGGCUUUUUUCUGUCCGUCUAAUUUGGAAAGGCAGAUCAGGCUUUUGGUCCGCUCCAACAAGGGAAGCGUUUUUGCUUGUACAAAAACAUACUGCAAACGUCACACUUGGGACCUCACCACAGCAGAAACAGGAAAAUAUUGCCGAAUAAAUGCUGUGUUCUUAGCCCAUUCAUUUUUUCGUGCGCAAACAUCACCGAAUAAAUCUUGAGUAUUAGCCGCAGUUUAUAACGUAAUUCAAUUCUCCGCCUUUGGUGCAGAAUAUCAGAUUUGGUAAUGCCAAGCCUCUUUUGUCUUCAUUUGCACUACAGACAACGGUCAUCAUGACUUUGUCUGACCAUUUUUUUUAAAAACCAUUUAUAUCCUUUUUGGAGCCCCAGUAUCAGAUUACAGAAACAGCAUUUUAAGACCUUUGGAAUCUGGAUGAAUGUCAUGUGAUUACUGCUGUUUGCCUUUGACUGCAAUAAAGUCCUCAUCAUUUCA